CAUCUCUUUCCUUAAAUAAUACUCUCUCAAUUUCUCUGGUCUUCUCUUUCUUUCUUCUUCUUCUCUCCGCUGAAAAUCAAAGAAGGGGGGUUAAUGGGUUCAGAAGGAAGCUGUAGCCCAUUAAUUGAUGAGGAUUUGGAGUGGGAAAAAGUGGGUUUAAUGAGGGCAUUUGUUGAAGACAAAGAUCCACAAGCUAAGGAGGCAGACAAUUUCAUGAUCAGAAGAUUCUUGAGAGCUCGUGACCUAGACAUAGACAAGGCCUCUACCAUGUUCCUUAAAUAUCUCAAAUGGAAGAGGGAAUUUGUCCCUAAUGGAUUUAUAUCGGAUGCUGAAGUGAAAAAUGAGCUUGCUGAGAGGAAAUUCUUUGCGCAAGGAUUCGAUAGAAAAGGCCACCCUUUAGGAGUUGCGAUUGCAGCUAAAUUUAAUGCUAAGCAUGGAAUGGACGAACAUAAGCGUUUCGUUGUGUCUAUCCUCGACACAUUAUGCAGCAGAACUUCAAGAGAUCAAGAGAAGGCCAUGAUCAUUGUAGAUUUGAAAGGCUGGGGGUACUCAAACUGCAACGUCCGAGCUUACCUUGCAGCUAUAGAUAUUUUACAGAGUUACUAUCCUGAGAGGCUCCACAAGGCGUUUCUAAUCCAUGUACCUUAUCUUUUCAUGAAAGUGUGGAAGAUUAUGUACCCAUUCAUCGACAAGAAGAUGAAGAACAAGUUUGUGUUUGUUGAUGACAAAAACCUUGAAGAAGCGCUAUUGGAAGAAAUUGAUGAAAGCCAACUUCCAGAGAUUUAUGGGGGUAAAAUGUCACUUAUUCCUAUUGGAGCUAACUGAGAACUAAUUCGUAUGUAACUUGGGACUCAAGUCAUCACAAGAAGAACUACUGUUUUAUCCUGAAUUUUUGGAUCCAUUUCCUAAUUUGUUCGUCAGUGCGUAAAUUGUAAUGAAAUAAAUGGUCAUAUUUGUGAACUAUUUCUUUGAUAUC